CUCUCUUCUCUUCUUCUUCUUCUUCGUCUCCUUCUCCUCGUAAUUCCCCUCUUCGUGCGCUCUCUUGUCGCGAACAUACUCGACACUCUCCCUUCUCCCCACCCAAACCCCAGGCUCCUCUCCUCCUCCCUUCGCCGGAGCUCCGAUCGCCCGAGCGUCGUCGGCGGCGGUGUCGCCGGAGCUCCGGCGAUGAAGGCGACGGCCAGCUCCGCCGCUCCAUCGGCGGCACCCAAUGGCUCCGACGGUACCGGGGAGAAGAGGACGAUAAACGCGGAGCUGUGGCACGCGUGCGCAGGGCCGCUGGUGAGCUUACCGCCCGUGGGGAGCCUCGUCGUCUACUUCCCCCAGGGUCACAGUGAGCAGGUUGCAGCUUCAAUGCAAAAGGAUAUUGAUGUGCACGUGCCGAACUAUCCAAAUCUUCCAUCAAAGCUGAUAUGCCUUCUUCACAAUGUUACUCUUCAUGCGGAUUCAGAGACAGAUGAAGUAUAUGCUCAAAUGACUCUCCAGCCAGUCAGCACAUAUGACAAGGAGGCAUUACAAUUAUCAGAACUUGCACUACGACAAACAAGGCCACCGAUGGAAUUCUUCUGUAAAACACUAACUGCGAGUGAUACAAGCACUCACGGCGGUUUCUCCGUUCCUCGUCGUGCUGCUGAGAAAAUCUUUCCACCUCUCGAUUAUUCAAUGCAACCGCCUGCCCAAGAACUUCAGGCCAGAGACUUGCAUGAUAAUACAUGGACCUUCCGCCAUAUAUAUCGAGGUCAACCAAAAAGGCACUUACUGACAACUGGUUGGAGUCUAUUUGUAAGUGGAAAGAGACUCAUCGCAGGCGAUUCUGUCUUAUUUAUUAGGGAUGAAAAACAACAGCUUCUGUUGGGAAUUAGGCGAGCCAACAGGCAACCCACUAACAUAUCAUCAUCAGUCCUUUCGAGCGAUAGCAUGCACAUCGGAGUCCUUGCUGCGGCAGCACAUGCUGCGGCCAACCACAGCCCCUUUACCGUAUUUUAUAACCCGAGGGCGAGUCCUUCAGAAUUUGUUGUUCCUUUUGCCAAGUACCAGAAGGCAGUGUAUGGUAACCAAAUAUCUCUGGGUAUGCGUUUUCGGAUGCUGUUCGAAACCGAAGAAUCAGGAACAAGAAGGUACAUGGGCACGAUAACUGGUGUUAGCGAUUUAGACCCUGUUAGGUGGAAAAACUCACAGUGGCGCAAUUUGCAGGUCGGGUGGGAUGAAUCUGCAGCAGGUGAGAGGCGCAACAGGGUUUCGAUAUGGGAGAUAGAACCUGUUGCAGCUCCGUUCUUCAUCUGUCCCCCGCCGUUCUUCAGAACAAAGCGUCCCAGACUACCAGGAAUGCCAGGUACUUGUGUUUUAAGGUUUCAAAGACCCAACACAUAUGCUUCAUAUGAAGUUAUAAUUGUAACCAUAAAUUCUAAGCCCGUUAUAUAUAGCGUAGAUAUGAAACUUGUUUCAUUUCAUUUAUUAAUAAAGCUUCACACAUACCUUUGUAGCAGCAGUUAUUAUUGCGGAAAAGCCUGUGGGUUAAUUUAAAAUAGUGCAUAGGAAAUUGAUAGCAUAUAAGUUACUUGUUCUGCCUAGUUUCUAGAACAGCUUCUCCAUUGGAGAAGAAAAG